CACUUGCUGAGUGACCACUUUUUAAUUGCUGGCUAUGAAAAAUGGCUUCAAACAACUGGUUUUGCCGCAGUUGUGAUUACUCUAGCAUACUCAGCGGGAAGAGGUGUGCCCAGUGUGGAAAUAAGAGGGAACACACAGGAAAAAGUGGUCAUACCAAAGGGCAAGGUUCACCAGAAGAGGGGCCUAGUUUUGGAGGAGGACUAGACAAUGAAGUACGUAUUGUACUGCUUGGAAAAGCAGGAAGCGGAAAGAGUGCAACGGGAAACACCAUUUUGAACGGAGGCUUUUUCGAAUCUACGACUUCUGGUUCGUCUGUUACCUCACAUUGUACCAGCAGACAUGCGCAGCGAUUCGGAAAAGAAAUUCUAGUUGUUGACACACCGGGAGUUUUUGACACCACCUCACCUAACGACGUUGUGCAGAAAGAAAUUCUUAAAUGUAUCGGAAUUACUUCCCCUGGUCCUCACUGUUUCCUGUUAAUAAUGGGACUUGGUCGCUUUACCAAAGAAGAAGAAGAUAGCAUCAACCACUUUGUCACCUAUUUUGGAAAAGACGUCUUUCGUUACUUCAUUGUACUUUUUACCAGAAAGGAUGAUCUUGAUCACCACGGAUUGACCCUGGAGGAUCAUAUAAGAACGGCUCCACCAAACCUUCAGGAAAUUAUUGAUAAGUGCGGCCGUCGCAGUAUCGCCUUUAACAAUCGAGCUCAAAGUCCUGCUUGUCAUGAUCAAGUUAAAGAUCUUCUCGAUAUGAUUGAAGACAUUAUGCGUCAAAAUGGAGGAAAUUGUUACACUAAUGGUAUGUAUACAGAAGCUGAAAAAGUAAUGAAACAGCGACAACAAGAAAUUGAGAGAGAAAGAGAAAAAGAACGCGAAAUCGAGAGAAAAGAAAUUGAAAAAGAAAUCAAACAAAAGUAUAAACAAAGAUUUGGCGCCCACUAUGAAAGUCAAAAUGCUAUAGAACAUCGUGUAGCGGAACUGGAAUCUAUGCGAGAUUAUCAUGUUCACCGAUCAACUACUCUUGAAAGAGAAACCCGGGAAAUUGAGGAACAGAUAAGCUAUGAAAAAAGACAGCAUGGAUCUCCUAACACAGCUUUAUUGAGCAAACUGAGACAGUUGGAACAAGAACGAAAAAACAUGGCUUCAGGUAUUGGAAUAGCAAAGGAAAAUGAGAUUCAAGAGCUGAGGCACGAACUCAAGCGCCUGCAGAAGCAAGCAAAAAAAAUGAAAAAAGAAAAGGAGAUGAUGUAUCAGGAUAGACUCAAGCAGCUAGAGAUGAAGUGCAACCAGUAUCCACAUCCCCGUCAGGAGGCAAGAACCGAGGUGGAGAAUAGAAGCGGGAACUUGUUCAGUUCUCUAUUUGAUUGUGCAAAGACUGUUGUUGGUUUCUUCCGCAAACUGUUUUAGACAAAACGUUACUAGCCUCCGUUAUGAUUUGAUCCUUCUUGUUAGAAGUUUACUUUGUGUCAAAAUUAGAAAAAGAUGACAGUUGUACCUCAAAGUUGCGAUGGUGGGUCAUGUAGAUAAAAUGUGGAUCAAAUCAAAUCAACUUCUGAUUUCAAUACAACUUAUUCUUUGUCAUUGAAGAAAUAUGUAUGUGCAAAUAUCGAACAGAUAUCUUGAUAUUUAGAACAUUUCUUUUUAAUUUCAACCUUACUAGUUACCACAUGUAAGACGACAGCACAAUGUCUGUUGAUUUUCUUUAUCUAUAAAAGUGUUUAUUAUUUGUAAAAGAAAAUAAAUGGCAAUCGUGUC